AAAACAGAGAACGCAUAUUAAACCAUUUUUAUGUUCCUGAAUUUAUUACUUUACAUUGUAAUAAAUUUGUAAAUUCUUAUAAGCAUUGCAAUUAAUUAGAUACUAGUUUGGAUAUUCUUACAGGUAUCUGAAAGUGCUUGUUGCAUUUCCAUUAUGGAGGAUAUAUAUGAUAACUUGGAAAACUACGAUGACUUAAAUAUUAUUAACGAGUUAAAAACAGAGAACAAAAGUCUAAAAUUAAAACUUGAAGAGUAUGCUUUGUCUAUGGAUAAACUGCAAAAAAAUAUUUUACAGGAAUUUGACAAAUUAUCCUCUGAAUAUACAAAAUUGGAAAUGAAUUAUUCAUCCUUACUUAAAACUGCCAGAGCUGAGGUUGAGAGAAAAACUCAAAUUAUUACUAACCUGAACAAAGAAAAGGAUAUACUCAUACUUAAUUCUAGAAGAAAUAAGAAUUUAUUAAAUAUUAAGAGGAAUAUGAGUACAAGUAAUAAUUUUGAGUUAAAGAAAAAUCCUGAAUCUGAUAUAACUAAGAAAAACAUCCAAAAUGUAUCUGAAUCUAUGAAGUCAAAUGAUCUUAGUGCUAUAAGGUUAGAGGAAACCAAGGUUCCUUCAGAAGAUGCAGUUACCAGUUUAAAUAGAGUUACUACCGGUAAAUUAGUAAAUGUUGUUGAUAACAUAACUAAAAAUAAUAAAUUAACUAGUGAGGGUAUUAGUGAUGCAAAAGAGAAUAUUACUCUACUAUAUAAACAUAAGGAUGAUUAUCAGGUUCAACGAAAACCAUGUAGUAUUAGUAAUAGACGGAAAUCCAUGCCAGUAAGCAGGCAAUAUAGUAGAUUCACUUCAGAUGAAGAAUGUGAAGAUAAUUCCAGGGAGGAAAUUAAACAUAAGAAAGAGUCUUUAUCAAGACACGAUACAAAUAGAAAGAGCCGUGACAGAAGUUAUAACAGUAAACAAAGUAAAAUAUCAGAUACUUUAAGUAAGGAUGAUAAGCAUGUAAGUCAUCACGAAUUAUCAAAAGAUAAAUAUUCAAAAACCAGAGACAAUAAGAGAUCAGAUAGAAGUAGAGAUAGAUAUGAACUACGACGCAAAAGACACUAUAGUCCAGAAAGGACACAUCGAAAAUCAAAAAGGGAUUAUCCAGAAGAUCGCAUUCAAAGGUUAGAUUAUGGCAGAAACAGAGUUUUAGAAAGUCCACCAAGGGAUAGAUAUGAUCAGUACAACAGGAGACAUCUAGAUUUAAGGUCAAGAGAUAUUAAAGGUCAUGAUGAUUAUCAUUCUGAGAAAUAUAGACAUCAACCCUAUGAGAGACAAACAGGAAAACAUAAGAUAUUAAAUGAUAAUGAUGAAGUGUCUGCUAAGCGUUUAAAAAUUGAUUCUUAUAAUAAGUAUAAUGAAGAAACAGUUCAAAGGCCAAAAGAAGUGGAAUUUGGUGUAGUACAUCCUAUAACACAAGCAUUAGAAACUAACGAAUCUUGUCAAUCACCAGAUUAUAUAUUAGGAGAUGCAACUUCUGUGCCCCCUAUCACUGAAAUAAAAAGUAUUGCGGCUAUUCAACUUGAAGAUCCUAGAGUUACAAAUAAAAGGUAUAUAAUGAAGAGUGAGAAUGGGAAAACUGUGUUAUCAACAGUAACAGGCAGGAAUGUUAGUUUAGAAAUAAUAGACAAGUCUGUUUGGGGGAUUGAACAUGUUGAUAUGCCAGAUGCCUUAGUACACCACCCGUCUCACUAUAGCGACGAAUUGGUUAAAGAGAUUUAUGUAGAUAUUGAUAAUCCAGUUUCUAAUUUAUCAUUCGAAUCUGGUGAAAUUUUAUCAUUAGAGACACAAGAAGGUACCUCUGACACUGCUGAUUGUCGUUAUAAAGUUGAAUCGAAAAACGAGCAUAUUGAGAGCCAAGACGGUAUUAAAAGAGCCCAGUUUGAACAAUUGGAACACCAUUCAAAUAAUGGAUUAAAAACAAGGUACAAAAAUCCCAAAACAAAAGCAACAAGUGAUGAACCUAAAACGCAAAAUGUAUUGUCAAAUAAUAUUGCCUUUAUAAAAGACUCAUCUGAAUUACAAGUCAAUAGAAAUGACAACUUAGAAAACGUUGAUUAUGAAAAUCUUCAUAAAGUUGAAUCGAAAAUCGAGCAUAUUGAGGACCAAGACAGUAUUAAAAGGAUAUCCCAGUCUGAAAAAUUGGAACACCAUUCAAAUAAUGAGCCAAAAUCAAGGUACAAAAUUCCAAAAAUAAAAGCAACAAAUGAUGAACCUAAAAUACAAAAUGUAUUGUCAAAUAAUAUUGUCUUUAUGAAAGACUCAUUAUGUGAAUUACAAGUCAAUAGAAAUGACAACUUACAAAAUGUUGAAAAAAAUGAUCAUAAUCGUAAAGAAAUUAAGAAUAAAUUAAAUGAUAAAAAUCUGUUCAAAAACAGAGAAUUAAUAGAAGGUGACUUAGAACUAAGCGACGAAGCUAGUGAUUCUGUAGAAAGUAAAACAUUUGUCACAAAUAAUGUCAACAAGACAGAAAAAGCAGACUGUUUGGAAAACACAAAAUGUCAGGAAAAAGAAACGUCAGUAACCAAUGAUCACAAUAGAAAUUCAGUAGAAAUUAUAAAUGAUGAAUCUUGCAAGGUUACACAAAUUAAAAACCAAGUUGAAAAUAAUGCUUCUAUAAAGAGUGAUGAGGGUUAUUUAAAAGGUGCUGUCAAAAAAAGACCACAUAAAUCACAUAGACACUCUAAAGAUGAUUCAUCAAAAGAGAGAACUGAAAAAAAAUGUAGUAAAAAAGUUAAAUCACAGAAAAGUGACACUGUAUGUAAGGAAGUAAAAACAAAAUUUUGUGAUUUAUUUGGAGAUAGCAGUAGUUUAAUUACCCCUGAGGAUUUGGGUUUGACUUCAUCUCAAGGACAAGGCGAAUCAUCAAAAUAUGUUCCGAUCUUUGAAGAUGCUCAAGACGCAGUUGAUAUGAAUGUGAAAAAAUCUGAACAUAUAAAAAUAUCUGAUAAAUCAGAAGUACAGAAUACUGAAAAAUCAUCGCCAUCGCAGUUUCAAAAAGAUGCUGUACCAAAAAGUGUAAUAGAAAAUAAGAAAAGGAAACCAAAGAAAAAUAUCCAAGAUAACUCUAGUACAGUAGCAACGAAUAUUGAGAGUCCACAUACAUGCAAUAUCCCAAAGUCGGAAAAAUUAGAAAUAGAAAACGAUGUAGUAAAAACUAUCAUAAUUUCUACAGGAAUUCAACCUCAAUACAUGUCUGUAACUAAAGAUCAUACAACCGUAGAACAACAAAUCACUUCUGAUAAUCAGAAUGAGUUUUGUCAAGAUGAUGCUCAAAAGGCACAAGACACUCCUAUGAGAGCCUUAGCUACUUCAACACCUGAGAGAGAAUUACAACAAAGUGGUUUGGAAAAGGAUAUAAAAUCCAGAAUACCUGAACUCAUUUCUAAUUCAAAUGAAAGUAAAAUUGUACCUACAGACAAUGUUACUGCAACACCUAACCAUUCUUCUACCAUGGAUACACUGGAUUCCCAAAAUAAUCCGGAUGCACCGGAUGUAAGAAUAUUUGUGAAGAGACGUAGAAGAACUAUUAAAAAAGUAACGCCAUCAAAAACUUAAAAUUACGACAAAUUUAAAUAUACUAAAUAUUUAAAUUUAUAUUAAAUAUUUAAAUUUGGACUGAUUAUUUACAUAAGGUAAAAUUAUAUCAGAAUAGUUAUCAUUUAUAGUGUAGCUAUUGAAUACGGCGUAUUUUAUUAUUUUUUGUAAAUAAUAAAAUAUCAUACAAAAUGGACUUUUGUUGAAAAUAGAUGCUCGUUUUCUAUUUGUACCUUUUGCAUAACGUGUAUUUAUUAUACCUAAUACUGGAUGAAAUUGAAGUCACCAGCGGUUUUUAAAAUUCAGAAUUGAUUCAUAAUAAGAGUAAUAUAUUUAUUUAUAUAAGAAUUAGAUUAUAUUACAACUUAAAAAUAUAUUGGAUCUUAUUUUUAUAAUUUGUACAUGAUAAGGAACUAUUACACAUCUUAAUGCAUAUAUAGACAAUUGUCUUAAUCAAAGACAACGAAUGAAAGUGAAAAUUGGUUGUACUUAUAUGCUUUAUACUAAGUGGGCUUAGUGGGCUGUUAAAAUAAUUUAACUUUUUUAUUUCUGUUAUUUAGAGUUACUCAAUAAAAAGCAUCUACUAUAAUAAAACUAGCUAAUCCGCUAAACGUUGUUCUGCCAUAUAAAUUAAAGAGAGGGACACUCUUACAAAAUAUACUUUACGACCUAUUUUCAUACUUACCAUAUACAUAUAAAAAAAUCAUAAAAAUCGGUCGAACCGUUUCGGAGGAGUGCGACCACAAAUAUCGUGACAUGGAAUUUUUAUAUAUUACUUUUAAUUUCAAAGUAAACUACGCCACAAAAUGUCAAUUUUAACCAUAAGAAAAUAUGCAAUUUGAUAUUAUGUGAAGGAGAUGAAACUGACGCUAGAUGGUCUGUUUCGUAAUUUUAGUCUUAAUUUAUGCUGUACUAUGAUUACAUUUUUAUUCUAUCUUCUUUACAUUUUAAUGACUUCAAUUUUAACUAUACCAUCGUUUCUCGCACCGGGAUCCUAGAAAUUAUAUAUGUAUAUUAUAUAUAAGUUCUGUAUGUAUAGAUAUGUAGUAAUUAGGCAUAAAUACAAAAUUUUAUAUACAUCAGUACAUGCACUAUAAUUGCUAACACAUAUUUAAAUAAAUUAUUUUCCAAUAUUAAAAGAAUAUAGAAAUAUUUUGUUAAAUUUAGAUAAAGAUCAAUCUUAAUAGUUUAGUAUAUAUUACAGUGAAGGAUGAUGAAAUUAUUUGACAAGUCAGUAAACCUCAAAAGGAACAUUUGAAAUUAGGUAUGUGUAUAAACAAUAUAGAUAUUGGUUUGAACAUACGUCCACUAUACACCCAUGACGCUAUCUAAGAGA